UUCAUACUUUCUCAAAAUGUCCAGCACCUUCAAACCAAAUGGUCAUAAUUCUGUUUCAUUCUUUUUGUGUUUCCCCAAUAGGUGUAGCUUCCAAAAGCACCUUUCAGGCUGGGAUGGGAUCAGUCUGGUGGUUGCUACUCUGCAUUUCCAUGCUGUCACCCACGUUUGCUGGUGGUGUCACCCGAGUCUAUUACCUGGGGAUCCAUGAGGUGGACUGGAACUAUGCUCCAACAGGGAAGAAUGUGUUUGCCAACCAGGCUAUUGCAAGUAACCACCAGGCCUCAGCAUUCCUGCAGUCUGGGAAAGACAGAGUGGGAAGCACAUACAAGAAAUCUGUCUAUAAACAAUACACGGACUCCACGUACACCACUGAGAUCCCCAAACCUGUCUGGCUGGGGUUCCUUGGGCCUAUCAUCCGAGCAGAAGUGGGGGAUACCAUUCAAGUACACCUAAAAAAUUUUGCUACUCGACCAUAUACAAUCCAUCCUCAUGGUGUUUUCUACGAAAAGGACUCUGAAGGAUCCCUGUAUCCUGAUAUGUCCCCCCAGGAUCAGAAGAAGGAUGAUGCUGUUUUCCCAGGAAAGAAUUACACCUAUACUUGGACUGUCCCUGAAGAUCACAGUCCAACUGAUGAUGACCCAAACUGCUUGACCUGGAUCUACCACUCUCAUAUUGAUGCACCAAGGGACAUUGCAUCUGGAUUAAUUGGGCCUUUACUCACAUGUAAAACGGGAACACUGACUGGCAGCUCUCAAAGACGCUGGGAUGUGGAUGUUGAUUUCUUUCUGAUGUUCAGUGUGGUGGAUGAAAACCUAAGCUGGUAUCUGGAUGACAACAUUGCAUCAUUCUGCACAGAUCCUGGCUCUGUAGACAAAGAAGAUGAGGAAUUUCAGGAGAGCAACAAAAUGCAUGCUAUUAAUGGUUAUGUGUUUGGCAACCUCCCUGAGCUGAAGAUGUGUGCUGGGGAUUCUGUUGCAUGGUACCUCUUCGGGAUGGGCAAUGAAAUUGAUGUUCACACAGCCUACUUCCAUGGAGAGACACUCAAAAUCCGUGGCCACAGGACAGAUGUGGCCAGCCUCUUCCCAGCCACUUUUGUUACAGCAGAUAUGACCCCCAGAAACCCUGGGCGAUGGCUGCUGAGUUGCCAGGUCAAUGAUCACAUACAAGCUGGGAUGGGGGCACUCUAUGAAGUCCGGCCCUGCUCUCGGCAAGCUGCAGCACCCAGCCUGGAAGGGAGAGUUCGGAAAUACUUCAUAGCUGCCAAGGAUGUGCAGUGGGACUAUGCACCCUCAGCACGUGACCAGCUCACUGGGAAGCAGCUCAGUGACACAGGCAGUCCUGCUGAGCAGUAUUUCAAGCGUAGCCUCUACCGAAUUGGAGGUGUCUAUUGGAAGGCAAAGUAUGUGGAAUAUACUGAUGGGAGUUUCCGUGAGGAAAAGCAGCAAUCAGCAGAAGAGAAACACCUUGGAAUACUUGGUCCAGUGAUCAAAGCUGAAGUUGGAGACACCAUCCUGGUGACAUUUUUUAACAAAGCCUCCUGGCCCUUCAGCAUCCAGCCACAUGGAGUGUCCUAUGGGAAGGAAUCAGAAGGGAUGUGGUACCAUGAUGGCUUGUCCCAGAGUGGGGUUUCUGUGGCACCACUGCACAACUUCACGUACCGCUGGACUGUGCCAAGCCACGUGGGGCCCACGUCCAGUGACCCUCCCUGCCUCACCUGGAUGUACAGCUCAGCUGUGAAUCCUGUCAAAGACUCCAGCUCAGGCUUAGUGGGGCCUCUGCUCAUCUGCAAGUCAGGCACUUUGGAUGAAAACAACAAGCAGAAAGGGAUCAACAAAGAAUUUUAUCUUCUCUUCAACGUGUUUGAUGAGAACCUCAGCUGGUAUUUAAAUGCCAACAUAAAGUACUACUUGAGGAUGGAAGAGACAUCUGUGGAAAAGGAUGAUGGCUUCGAGGAGUCCAACAGGAUGCAUGCCAUCAAUGGAUUUAUGUUUGGUAACUUGCCUGGGUUGGACGUGUGUGAAGGAGACAACGUGUCCUGGCACCUCCUGGGCUUGGGCAGCGAAGCGGAUGUGCACGGAGCUGUGUUUCAGGGAAACACCAUAGAGAUGAACGGGAUGAGGAGAGAUUCAGCCAAUCUGUUCCCUCACACAUUUGCCACUGCUUUCAUGCAGCCUGAUCACAGUGGGACUUUUGAGAUCUACUGCCAGACGAGCAAUCACUACCAGUCUGGGAUGAGGCAGCAGUACAACGUUUCCAGGUGUGGAAAGGCGGGCAGUGCCUCUGCCCGUCACUACAGGGGAGUGCGGACGUUCUACAUCGCGGCCGAGGAGGUGGUGUGGGACUACGCCCCGGACCGCAGCUGGGAGAGAGAACGGCACAACCACUCUGCACAGAGCUAUGCUGAUGUGUUUCUGAACAACGAGAAUGGACUGCUCGGCUCCAGGUACAAGAAAGCAGUUUACAGGGAGUACACAGAUGGCACUUUCCAAACCCCCAAGGCCAGGAUAAGUCGUGAUGAACACCUAGGGAUACUGGGCCCUUUUCUGUGGGCGGAAGUGGGCGAUAUUCUCAACAUCGUGUUCAAGAACAACGCCUCGCGACCCUACUCUGUCCAUGCACACGGGGUGCUGGAGCAGCAGGCUGGACAUCCCCAAGUGGCAAACCCUGGUGACAUUGUGACAUACCGGUGGGAAGUUCCUGAGAGAUCUGGUCCAGGUCCAAAUGAUUCAGCCUGUGUUCCUUGGAUCUACUACUCUGCAGUGGACCCAGUAAAGGAUAUGUACAGUGGGCUGGUCGGGCCCCUGAAGGUGUGCCGGAGAGGGGCCCUGCGGUCCAGUGGGACCAGGAAGGAUGUGAAGAGGGAGUUUGCUCUGCUUUUCCUGGUUUUUGAUGAAAAUCAGUCCUGGUACUUGGAGGAGAAUGUGGAACGUUUCAGUAAGGGAAAUCACACGGAGAUCAACCUGCUGGAUGAGCAAUUUGUGGAAAGCAACAAAAUGCACGCAAUCAAUGGCAGGCUCUAUGCCACCUUACCUGGGCUGACCAUGUACCAGGGAGAGAGGGUGAACUGGUACCUGCUGGGAAUGGGUCAUGAAGUUGAUGUCCACACAGUUCAUUUUCAUGCUGAGACCUUCAUAUACAAGAAUGGCAAAAGCUACAGAGCAGAUGUUGUGGAUCUGUUCCCUGGGACCUUUGAAAUGGUGGAGAUGCUGGUUGGGAACCCUGGGACAUGGCUGCUUCACUGUCACGUGUCUGACCAUAUCCAUGCUGGCAUGGAGAUCCUCUUCACUGUUCUGCCCAGAGGAGAGUCAGAGCUGGAAGACUUGACUGCCAUCCAAGGGUUGCAGCUUGAGGAUGAGGAUGAGUCCCAGAAGCUGAUGCUUUUUGGAUCUAAGGUGACCCAAGAGCAGAUAGAGGCCACAGUCAUCUCUCUGGCUGUUGUAGGAGUCCUGCUGCUCCUGGCUGCUGGUGUCCUCCUGGGAGCAGUCAUCCAUCUUGAGAGGCAGAGGAGGUUACGACGCAAUCGGAGAUCCAUCCUGGAUGACGGAUUCAAACUCGUGUCUCAAAAGAAUUCAGGUCUCUGAAAGCCAUGUGCAAACAUUGGGCUGUGUGCUCGGAGCAGGGGCUGGAUCCUUGUCCACAGCAAAGAUUUUGGGGCAUCAUUUCAAUUGUGCACUGUACUUCUAGAAGCUGAGGAGGGAAAGCUGGAGCUCUGACCUCUUCAUAUAUUCUUCUCAGCCCUCUGUAAAGAAAAUCCAGGAGAGAUCCAAGGACCCCUUAAACUGACUGAAGACAAGUAAUGAUUAAAGAAGGUCCUUCUGGAAUACUCUCCUUCCCCAAGGAGGAGAGAGGACAUUUUCUUCUCUCCAGAACAGCUCCAAUUGGUCUUUCCCAGCAGAAUAGCUUAGACCAGAUUCCAGUCUUGCUCCAUUGCCAGAACCGAGUUGGGAAUUGUCUCCCAAGACACUGUGAACCACUAAUGUAAUUAAUCUGAAGGAGAGGAAGAUAAUCUUUUCAGUUUAGUGAAUCAAUGAAGAAUACAGAAAAAAAUUGUUAAUUUAGAGUUGGAUUGCUGGUUUUGAUGAGUAAGUGGGCAGACAAAAUCAGGGCACUGCACACCACUGUGAGAACGCCAUGAAGGACCAUGACGAGCUGUGCCUUCACUGUCAGCCUUGCUGUGACACAUCCUUUUGCUCUUUGCUGGGGGCCAAACUCAGAGUGGGUGGUGGGACCAGAGUUCUGUAGCUCACCUGUGGGCUGUGGUAGCCACCUUCCAGCAUCAUCUGUGCCCACACAUAGCACCAUAACACCAUCCUGUGUGUGCCCACACAUCCCACAGUCCCAUCACCCUGUGGUCAAGUGCCGAGCCCUUCCCUAUGAAAUACCUGUCCAGCUCCCUCCCCUGAAUCCCCAUUGCCCAAGUGGAUGCAGGUUAGUGCUUCCAUAUUUCUGUGCUUGGUUUUAAAAUGGAAAGAACAUAAAAGCAAUCUGUUGUGGGUGGCUUUCAGAGGCAAUUAAAGCAGCUAAGUAGCUCUAAUUACAAGGGACUGCUGUGGGCUCCUUAGGUAUAACAGCACCAUUUUCUUCAGAACAGUGGUUAUCACAUACUUAAUCAUGUUCAAUUCAUAUCAAGCCCCUGCAUAUUUCCAGCUGCCUUUUCCUUUGGCAAUGAGGACAAAGCUCAUUAUUUUUCUUUCAUUACACUUCAUUAAGCCUAGUGAGGGGCUACAGGACUGUUGAAUACUCUGAAUUUGGAUAAUCUUAGCUAAGAUUCAAGCUUGGUUCAGUUGCUAAUGCAAACCAGAAGUUUCCAAACCCAUCAGUUGUAGAGAAUUUUAGAAGUUAUAAGAAUGAAGAAAGAAGUCUUUUAUUUUUUUCCCCCUUGACUUGUUAAAAAUAUAUAUAAAAUAUAUAAAAAAUGUUUUGGGCCUGCACUGAGACAAAGGAGUGAGUUUAAAUGUAUUCCCUUGCUUCAGGGCAGCAGAACAGGGAAAUUGCCCUUCCUGCAGCUGUGCAGCCCAGACUGAGCUUUGGGUGCUGGCCCCAAGCAGGGCAGCAGAUGGCUAGGAGCUGGAUUUCACACAUUCCAUAAACAGCAGGCUGCCAAAAUUCCUCCAAUGUAAUGUUUUUUGAUGCUCCAAGUGGAGCAUCAGUGGCAGAGGUCUCCUCUCCAGCAGGGGUUGUGAGGAACAGUGGGGGCAGGCUCUGGAGAAGCCUGUGGUGUGAGGGGUGUGUCCUGUGAGCACCAACUCCUCCUCAAAAUGAGAAAACUCACAGGAAAGCCUUAGACAAAACAGAAAUAGAUGAUUCUUCUAGAAUCUUCUAUUGCAGCAAACUGACAAAGCACAGUUUAUCAGCAAGUUCACAACCACUUCUAAGGAGAAGUCAGCUCUGCCAGCCAGUGUGCAUAUGAGGAGGAGAUCACAGAAUCACAGAAUAUUCAGAGUUGGAAGGGACCUACGAGAAUCAUAGAGUCUGGUUCUGAAGUGAAUGGCCCAUACAGGGAUUGACCCCUCAACCCUGGCAUUAUUGGCACCAUGCUCUAACCAAAUGAGCUAGUCCAGUGAACCUCCACCAUAAACCCACCCCACUUUAACCCACACUGCCAGUAGAGUUCAGAACAGGUUUACUGCCAUGGAAGAACAGGUGUUGCAGCUUUUGUAUGGGAUAAAUAUAAGCAGUUAAUACUGCCUGUUGUUGUCACUUUAGGCAGUGCUUUCUGUCUGCAGUUUUAACAUUGUCCUUCCUAGACCCCCGUUAGUUGUGAUGACAUUUUCAAAAGCUGACCCAGAUGAUCACUUACCUCUUUGAAGCCUUCCAGGCUAUCUCAGGUGGCUGCAAAGCAGAGUUGCUUGUUACAUUGCAGCAGCAGGGCUGGGAAGGGAUCCCUGUACUGUCACCCCACUCAGUGAUGGGCAGACAGCCAUGCCCUCAGCCAUGGCAGUGUGGUCCAUCCUCCUGCUGACUCCCACUUCGACUGCACAUGGGAGAUGUGUGAGUCUAAAGCCUUUUGGUUGUGCACAUGGAAAUAUAACGUGCUGUCUUUGUACUUUUUUCUGGAAACACAGAAGUUAAUAUGGAAUUAACCUGUGACACUCCAUGAAGCAACUGACACUUGUAGUUGUCAGCGAAAGGAUUUGCUGGGCUCUCAGCUGUUGUGCAGCCUCUAAUUCUGAACUAAAUUGCUUGGUGAUCCAGACUGGCCAUGCAGCCUGUUUGCAGUUUUGUUGGUAUAGCAAAUUAUGGGAGUGAUGGCAAGUCUGGAGUGAUGUGCUCAUAGACUGCAUGGGGAGAGGAAUUUGGGCACAACAGCUGCCAAAACAAGGGGAUGUGCAAGGUAAAAUCAGAGGAUGGAUCUGAGCAGAAGAGAAAGCCACAUCUGGCUUACUCGUAUGUGGAGUCUGGGAUCUGGGAUGUACAAAUAAGGCACUGUGCAUACACGAGGUACCAGACCUGCUGCAGCACUCAUCUGGGAAACAAUCAAUGAAUGCAGUCACAGACUGUUCUGGGAUGUGAGAAGAGCAGGACUGGGCAUGUGAUUGAUCAAACAGCUGUUGCUGAAAUUAACAUUUAUGGUGUUAAAAAUCAAAGACAGCCUGUCUUGGAAAUCAAUUUGUUUGUUAAUUUGCUCUUAUUUUGGGGAAAGUAAAUCUGUUGCUCACCAGGUGCUUUAUAAA